AUGGUUCGCUUAAAGAACCGAUGGCUUUUAUUUGAAAUAAUAUAUGAAGACACCAUACAAAAUAGAAAAUAUGAAGAAUUGACAUCUCGUGAUAUUAAUUCAGCUAUAAAAGAUUCAGUUCAACAAAAUUUUGGGGAUUAUGGUUCCGGUUGUAUUGCAGCUUCGCUUAGUGUUAAAUAUUUUUCGCCAUAUACAAAUAUUGGUAUAAUAAGGGUAUCUCGAGAACAUUAUAAUUUAGUUUGGAGUGCAUUAACUUUUAUCACACAAAUACAAUCUAGAUUUUGUCUUUUUCGUGUAUUACAUUUAGGAGCAAUCGAAUAUAAUCAAGAUCAAUUAUUACAUUUAAAGAAACAAAUUGAAUUUCACGGAGGAAAAGUAGAUGAAUCAAUUGAUAUAAUUAAAAUAGAAGAAUCCAAUAAUGAAAUAAAGGCGAUUGAAGCAUAA